AUGGAAUUGAGCGAUUGCGAGUUCUAUGGUGGUCAAUAUGUCAGGAAAGGUAGAGAUGAUGGGGAAACAACUGAUUGGCAGGAAUCUUGUGAGUUGAUGAAGGAAUUGGACCUUAGGUUGUAAGUUAUUUUGUUUACCUUCUGUUUUUUCAUGUAAUUUCUCGUAUAAAUUCAACCAAAAAUUAUUUUCUCCGCUUUUGCAUCCAAAAAUUCAGUCAUCCAAAAAAUAUCUGCGGUUUGAUUUAUGGUACAAAUUUUCGGCUUUUUAUGCAGAAGUGAAUUAUUACAGACAAAUAGCUUUAUUCCGAACAGCUUGUACCUUCUUUCAUACCAAAAGUAAUUUAAAUUUAUGUCCAAAUAUUGUUUUGUCAAUGUUGUAAGACAAUAUUGCUGUAUGCCUCAUUAAAACAGCUGAUACGCGGCGGGUGACAUUGCUUAUGUUGUUCCCCCGAAUAGGGCGGGGACGAGAGUGGGGGGACGGAAAAGCGUCGUCUCUCACUCUUUCUCUAUUAUAAUAUAACGUCUAUUAAUUGUUUCAGCGCUGACAAUCUCCUCGACUCCAUUGUAUGGCCAGAAACCACUGAUUCCGGCUACUUUGACAACGCUUUCCAAGACAUCCCAUUGGUCCCAAAGGAAGAGGUACAAGAAGAACCGGUCCCUCUUGUUGUUAACCAUCAAACGGAAAAGUCAUCGCUGAACACAAACGCGUCUGGUUGGGACCAAGGCGUCAUUGUUCAUAAAGAUAAAGUGAUUACGAGUACUACUCUAGGUCUAAGUCCGUGGGAACCACCAGAAUACUACGAGGUAAGUAUAUCGUAGUCAUAUUUUUAUUUUAGAGUCAUCUUUUGGGUACAAACUCGAAAUUGUUGUAUUGUAGUAAACAUUUAUAUUGUUUACGUGUUCUUUUGUAAACUUGAUCUUUUUAUAUCGAAAAAAUACUUAAAAUUAUUGCAUAUUUUUUUAGAUACCUACUUUUGAUUCAACAAUGACGAAAGACAACCAACAAGAUCCGAGCGUCCACCAAUCAGAUCUGCUCAGCUAUUACUCGUUGUUAUCAGGAGACAUGAACUCGAGCCAAGUAUCCUUUGGAUUAGAUAUGAACGAUAUGAAGCCUAGCAGUUACUCAUUCGAAAGUAACUCCAUGAGGUCCAAACAUGACGAGCUCAAGUUCGCUAAAAAGAAGAAAAAGGAUACUCACGUGCCUUAUGACAUCAAGAAGGUGGUUAUCCCACGUAGUCGGAGAGGAAGACAGUCCAAGGACGAGGAUCUAGCACGCCAGUACUCGUUACCAGUAUCUGCCAACGAAUUGUGCAUGAUGAGUCAUGUUGACUUACAGAAUUUGCUUAAGAGGGAGGACCUGGACGAGGAUCAGAAGGAGAUGAUGAAGAAGUUGAGACGGAGAGGUAUGUUUUUCGAUUUUUAUUUGUUUUUUUAGAUAGUGCUUUGGUUUAAAUUGAUAUAAGUUAUAAGAAAACAACAUUACUAGUAAUUGUGUUUACUAUUUAGUAAUUUCACAUAAUAUGUGGAAUCUUGUCUUAUGUGUAAUAUCUAUAGUUUACGUUAACUUUUUCUAUUUUCAGGUCGAAACAAGAUAGCGGCACGUAGAUGUAGAGCCAAGCGAAUGACAGGCAACGGAAUGGUAUCAGGAGAAGAAGGCUGUGAAGCUGAGGACGAUGAUCUAAUGGAUGAUUUCGAGGAUGAAGAAGAGGCUUUUGAAGAGCCGGUUGUUCUACAGAGGAUAGACGAAAGUCUUCACGGCCGAAAGCGAAAACCCACAGUCAAGCUGAGCUACUGA